AUGACAAGAUCAGCGUCACUCCACCUGACUAUCUGGAUCGGCGUGGUGCCCGCAUCUCUCUCUGGCAAUGACGGCGUCGUCGUCGUCUCCAAGUGCCGGGAGCUUCUUGAAGAAUACAACAUCGCCGACGUCGACGUCGAGAUCCGCGAGUCAGUCGUUACUCGCUGGGGGAGCUGGGAUUCACUGAAGCAUGAUUUUUACUGCCUUGAAGCAGAUGGCGGCCGGAUAGAAAGCUCUGUGUCGCGGAUAAGGGGCAGACGGGAGGAUUCAGCACUUGCGAAAUGGGAGUGGCGUGGCACUCCAGAUCAAUACGGCAAGUCUCUCAGGCGACUUGGUGAUCCAUACAUGGUGGUAAUGGUGACGAAGUGA